AUGCCAGCUCUCCAGGUCAAAGGAUUAGGCUGGAAGGUGCCUCCGAUUGAGGAAAAACACUUCACUGUUAAUGCUUUCCACAGAGUCAUCUCUCAUAUGGGCCAGUCUGUAGACUUCGCCUGGAUAGAUGUCUGCUGUAUUGAUCAGGAAGAUUCUGCCACCAAGAUGUAUGAGAUCGGAAGGCAGGCUGGAAUCUUCAAGCAAGCCACUCAUGCCUAUGGUUGGCUCAACUUCCACACGCAUCGAAAUCUGCAAGGACUUUUCGACAUCAUCUUCGACCUUGACAAUAUCAUGUCAGGAUGGGAACUUUGGAAACCUUCUAACACCCGAGACCAGUCCUGUGUUCCAAAGCUUAGACAUAUCUUGUCAACAUUGGAGUCUCUCAUGGAAGACCCCUGGUUCACAUCUCUAUGGACACUGCAAGAGGCCGUACUAAGGAGAGAUGCUAUGAUUCUCUCCACCGAUGGUUGGCCCUUAACUCUUCAGUUUGACCGCACACACAAAAUCCGGCUCGAGAUGUUUUGCAACACAUGCUGGAAUAUACUGGUGAACAUUGACGACUACGCAGACGAAUGGCCGUCAGAAGCUAGACCACUUACCAGCCAGAUACAUCAAGUUAUCCGUACAUCCGGACUUUUCUUCACCAUGACAAACAAUCCAAAUGUACAGUAUGGUAUGGCAUACCACCGGGUCACCAAACGUCCGCUCGACCGUGUGUAUGCAAUCAUACAGAUAUACGGCUUUCGACUGGGUGAGUCGCUGCAACCUGGUGUUGCUGUCACAUUGGGUGAUCUAGAGCUGCAACUGGCACAACAAUUGACCUUUCGAUCAUCCAUGCUGUCACAGUGGUUCGUGCAUACCGCGCGACCGCCUGAGCAUCGAAGCUGGAUGAUCAGUCAGCGCUCGCAUGUGCCAUUCGAACUAAUCCUGUAUCCGACCUACAGCGACAACAUGAUUACGCGUAUGUUUGGCACCAUCGAACCUACUCCGAGAAGAACAGCUACAUUCUCUGGCUUUGCCCGUCCACUUUAUCAGCUGGACGACAUGUGUCGUAAAGAGCUCAAGAGAUUUCGCGCAUUGUACUUCGCUCUAGAUGCCUGGUCUACCAGACCCUUGGAAACUAUUCAAGAGCCUCGAAAGCUGGACUCUGAUCACCACCACAUUCCUCAAGGUUCUUUCCGCAAGAUGUUCGAGAGAGAAGUGACAUUCAGGCCAGGAGCUCAGCUGCAAGCGUUUCUACUGGGUGACAGCAAUAGUACGAGUAUACCUUAUGACUACCAUCGCGCUUAUGCUGUGAUACUAGUCCGGGAAAGUGCGACUACAGCGUGGAGAAGAAUCGGUCUUGUUUGGUGGGAGACUGUUCACUGCGAGCCAAAACCAACCUACCACGAAUUCGUUUCAUUUGGAGCUGAGGUGCAUUGA